AUGGAUAUAUUUAGAAAUUUGUCUUUUGGUUUGCUUUUGUUGGUGGGUUUAGGCUUAGCUUCGGCUACCAGGACUCUUCUUUCCUAUGAUAUUCCUCCACAUCGAUCUGGAUAUGAUAAUUAUGAUCAUCCUGUGCAUAACCCGAAAGUAGGAUACGAACGUGAUCAUCAUGAUGGACCUUAUGGUGGUGGUGCUGCUGGAGGAUAUGGAGGCGGAGCUGGCUCAUCUCUUGGAGGCUCUGGAUAUGGAAGUGGUGGAGGUGGUGGUUCUGGAUAUACAGGUGUAGGAGAUCAUGGGGUUGGUUAUGGUAGUGGUGGAGGAGGUGGAUAUGGAGCAGGAGUUGGCUCUGACCUUGGUGGUAGUGGAUAUGGAAGCGGUGGCGGCGGAGGGAGUGGUGGAGGAUAUGGUGAUUUAGGAGGACAUGGAAAAGGCUAUGGCAGUGGUGGUGGUGGAGGAAGUGGAUAUGAAGGUAGAGGAGACCAUGGAGUUGGUUACGGUAGUGGUGGAGGUGGAGGAUAUGGAAGUGGAGGUGGUGUAGAACAUGGUCCAGGAGUAGGGCAUGGUAUAGGUUACGGAAGUGGAGGAGGAGGUGGGUCUGGUGGUGGAUAUGGUGGAUCCAAAGGAUAUGAAGGUGGAAGCGGCGGUGGUGGCGGAGCAGGUUAUGGGGGCGGAGCACAUGGAAGUGGAUACGGAAGUGGUGGUGGAGCUGGAAGUGGCUAUGGUGGUAGUGGCGAAGAAGGAGGAUAUGAUGGUGGAUAUGCACCUUGA